CAGGAAUCUAGCUUAUUAUGGCCCGGCGCUACGAGGAGGAACCAGAGGAUGGGACCCCUCCACUAGGUCUUGUAUGGAACAUCGUCGCCUUUCCUCUCUUUGUCUUUGGAACGCCUACGAGCAGUGCUAUUCCUCUUAAUCACGAGCGGCCGUAUAAUUUGCUGAUUGUGAAGUCAGGCUGCAUUCUUUCGACCCGCUUUCUGCUGUAGCACUUCCCAAACGCCCAGUCGGGGUCUCACACGUGCUCGCAUAGCCGCCGAUUAGAGCGGACCAAAGGCUCCGUCCACGAUAUCGAGAGAGAUCGCACUGGAGAUUGCUGGCUGCCGUUCUCGAAGGAAGGAUAUAGUGGAAUCUGGACAUCAUCUGCCCGCUUCUAGUUUAUACCUGAUAUCGUCUACGUCGCAAUCAGCGCCGUAUAAGUGUUCUCGUGGCCUUAUCAUCGUUUCUCACUGAGCCAUGGCAACUCAGGCCCACUGUGCAUAUUGUUUUGAGUGUCUCUCAGCCUCCCUUGAGAAGCGGCGACCCCUUGGUCUCGCUGAAGUGGAAGAGCUAUGGGACAAGUACGAAACGGGCUCCCAAGUCGAUGACCUACAGACCGGCCACCAUGAUGUGGACGAGGAUGAAGAUAUGGACGGUGCUCCGAUACGGAACCUAAUCCAUCCUGCUUCCCAUCAGCCUCAAGCUAUAAGCCGAUUACUUGCUCCAAGUCCCUCCACGGCUUCCGCCUCGUCUUCCUCGAUCCCCUCCACAACUUCUUCAACGACUCCGUCUACUAGCGUCUCCGACUCCACCUCUACCCCACCUACGUCCAAAUCCGCAUCAAGGUCCUCAUUCUUUUCAAUACCACGUCGACUUCGAAGACUCUCCAGGGACCAAUCCCACUCCAUAGCGGCCCCGGGCGAUCAUCCGCUUUUCGUGACGUGGAAUACUGUCUCACGGAGCGAGCACAAGAGUUUACGAGGAUGCAUAGGGACAUUUGAACCUCAAGAGCUAGAUGAUGGCUUGAGGAGCUAUGCGCUGACCUCGGCAUUCGAUGACACCCGAUUCAACCCCAUCGUACUUUCCGAACUACCCACACUCGAAUGCGGCGUUACCCUCUUGACCAACUUCGAGCCUGCACCUGGUCCACUCGGAUGGGAGGUUGGCGUGCAUGGGAUACGGAUAUCCUUCAUCUGGCACGGCCGCAAAUAUGGCGCCACGUACCUUCCCGAUGUGGCGAAGGAGCAAGGCUGGACCAAGGAAGAAACAAUGGUAAGUCUGAUGCGGAAAGCCGGGUGGACGGGGCGACGGGAUGAAUGGAGAAGAGUGCUGGAAGCGGGGAACGGCGCAGAUAUAGUGAGGUACCAGGGUAAGAGAAUCGGUCUCCUUUAUGAGGAGUGGAAGGAAUUCCAUGAAUGGGUUAAUGGCUUAGAGAAGCGCGCUAGUAGAUAG